UUAUGAUGCUGAGGAUGUUCUCUGUCAGUACCAUUCGCGAUGCAGAAGGAGUUCUGCGGCGCUACCAGCGUGUCCUGAGGACAUUCCAGCGUCUCCGCUCCAUGAGCCGCGCGUUCCGGCACCACCGUGUGGACAGGAACACGGUGGCGCUGACGACGCCGAUCGCGGAGCUUCACCUGGUGGCCCCAGAGAAGCUGCGCGAGGUGGGAGAGUUCGACCCUGCCAAGGAGAGGCUCCUCGACUACUCCCGGCGCUGCUUCCAGGCGCUGGACCCGGACACGCUGCGCAAGGUGCAGGCACUCAAGCAGAGCAAACUGCUGCUGCCCAUCACGUACCGCUUCAAGCACUGA